AUGAAAGCAAUUGGACUUUCCCCAAAUUUAGUUACUUACAAUGUAAUGUUGGAUGUUUAUGGGAAAAUGGGUCGUUCUUGGGACAAAAUCUUGAAUCUGUUAACCGAAAUGAAAACCGAAAAGCUUGAAUUCGAUGAGUUCACUUGUAGUACAGUGAUAUCCGCAUGUGGUAGAGAAGGUUUAUUAGAGGAAGCAAAGACAUUUUUCGCGAGUCUAAAAGCUCAAGGCUAUAAACCAGGAAUCUUUACAUACAAUUCUCUACUCCAAGUGUUUGGGAAGGCCGGAAUGUACUUAGAGGCAUUAAACAUCUUGAAAGAAAUGGAGGAAAACAAUUGCACACCCGAUUUAGUCACUUAUAACGAGCUUGUGGCUGCUUAUGUGAGAGCAGGGUUCCAUGAAAAAGGGGCCGAUUUAAUCGACACAAUGGCUCAAAAGGGUCUAAAACCGAAUGCAAUCACGUAUACAACGGUUAUAGAUGCAUAUGGGAAAUGUGGAAAAGAAGAUAAGGCGUUGAGUCUUUUUAAUGUAAUGAAGAAAUCCGGUUGUGUGCCUAAUGUUUGUACUUAUAAUGCGAUUCUUGGAAUGUUAGGUCGAAAAUCCCGCUCCCAAGAGAUGAUGGAGAUUCUUCUCGAUAUGAAAUCGAAUCGAAUUUCACCAAAUCGUGUCACAUGGAACACGAUGCUUGCUAUGUGUGGGCAAAAGGGUAUGCAUCUUUAUAUGAAUUGGGUGUUACGUGAGAUGAAAAGUUGUGGUUUUGAACCCGAUAGAGACACAUUCAACACAUUGAUAAGUGCAUAUGGGAGGUGUGGUUUGGAAAUUGAUGCGGGUGAAGUUUAUCGGGAGAUGAUUAAAGUCGGGUUUAAUCCGUGUAUUACAACUUAUAACGCGCUUUUGAACGCCUUGGCUCGUAAAGGGGAUUGGAAAUCUGGGGAAUCGGUGAUUCUAGACAUGAAAAGUAAAGGGUUUAAGCUUAGUGAAACCUCAUAUUCUUUGAUGCUUCAUUGCUACUCAAAAGGGCAAAACUUUAAAGGGUUAGAUGCUAUGGCAAAAGAGAUAUACGAAGGGAAGAUCUUUCCAAGUUGGAUGCUUCUUAGAACCCUAAUCCUCGCAAAUUUCAAAUGUCGAUCACUUUCCGGGAUGGAAAAAGCAUUUCAAGAAUUGCAAAAACACGGGUACAAACCGGAUCUUGUUAUAUUCAACUCCAUGCUUUCGAUUUAUGCAAGAAACAAGAUUUAUGAUCGGGCCCGCAAGAUUCUUGAUUUGAUUCAUGAAAACGGAUUGCAACCGGAUCUCGUGACUUUUAACACAUUAAUGGAUAUGUAUGCAAGAACUGGCGAGUGUUGGGAAGCCGAAGAGAUUCUCAAAAGUGUACAAAAUUCGGGUAGAAAACCGGAUCUUGUGUCAUAUAAUACCGUGAUUAAAGCGUUUUGUAGGCAAGGUUUAAUGGAUGAAGCUAGAAGGGUACUUUCGGAAAUGACAAAUAACGGGAUUCGGCCAUGUAUUGUUACAUAUAACACGUUUGUUGCGGGAUUUGCGGCUCAGGAGCUAAGAAGUAUCAAGAAGCGUUAG